GGAAAGUUUGGCACCUUGAAAGGGGUUGCUGAACUGGGGUGGGCGGGGCGCCCGAGGGUACUUUAGCCCUCCGAAUUCAAGGGCGCCCGCUGCCCGGACCUGAGGCGGUGUGCGGCCAUGCAGCGCAGAUCUGCCGCGGCCCAGGGCACUGCCCCGCCUCAGGAUGGAGAGCAGCCCGCGGAAUCUCCAGAGCCGCCGCCGCCGUGGCCGCCGCCGCCGCAGCCGCCGCUCCUGCCGUCGCCGCCGGCGCGGGCUCCUUGGCUGCUCCGCGCGCCUUCGCCGGAACCGGCACCGCAGUUCUGUCCAGAGCUUGCUCCAGAACCUGGUCCGGCGGCGACCCCAGAACCAGCCUCAGAACUCGAAACAGAACCGAUCCUAGAACCAGAUAGAGAACCAGCCCCAGAUCCAGCCCCUGAGCCGAUCCCAGUACCAGCCGUAGAACCGGCCCCCGAGCCGGCCCCAGUACCAGCCAGAGAACCAGCCACAGAGUCCUGCCCUGAGCCGGCUCAAGUGUCCCGUCUGGAGCAGAGCCCAGCACCACAUUUAUUGCAGUGUCCGGUGGUCGCUCCAGAGAAGGGUCUAAGGACCUCGCCAACGCCGCGAACACCAGUGCCAGCGCCACUGUCCAGUAUAAAGAGGCCCAAGCUGUGGAGCCGCAGUCGUCUGCUUGACCCCCUCCCUGCCACUGGGGAGGGAGUCCUCAGCUUGGGCGCAACUGGCAGCGCUCCAGGGAAGGGCCCGGAGUCUCUGUUGCCCGCUGGGCGCUGGUACCCGAUUCGGGUGGGGAUUAGGGGUUGGGCGGCGCCCACGCGCACUGCAGGGGAAGGGCAGGGUUCGCCCGAGAGGACUGGGAGAGCAUGCGUGCGUCGAAGCCACCAUUCCAUCUGUUUGCAGGAUUUCCCGGCAGUCUUCAGAGACGCCUUUGUAAAUGUUGCACUUCACCGGGAUCCUCCCGCCAAGGGGGGAGGGGGAAGAAAGAAGGUUUUCCGUCUUUCCUUGGACCUUGAAACCCCGAAAACCGCGUCUGAUCUUCAGGAGUCUAAAAUACUGAAGGAAGGACCUCUUCUAAAGAGCUGUAACUCAUUCAAGAGAUGGAAGCUUAGAUAUUUUCUGGUUCGAGGACAACGGCUCUGCUUUGCACACCAUCCUGCGUUUGCACGCUUUGAAACAAUUGAUUUGUCUCAAGUUGCCUUGGCAGAAAGCAGCUGUAGAAACCUUUGCCACAGUUUUUGCGUGAUCACACCACAACGAAAUGUUACGCUGGCUGCACCCAAUCGGAAAGACAUGGAAGAAUGGAUUAACGUCAUAAAAACCGUGCAACAGGGAGAAAUUCGUAAGAUACCUGCAGCAGAAAACAACCCUUUUCUUACUGGAAUGCACUACUGGUAUUCGAGCCACAGUCCCCGGACCCAGCACUGCAAUGUUUGUCGGGGGAGCAUUCCUGCCUUAUCUCAAAAUGUUAUCAUCUGUGAAGUGUGCAAAGUAAAGUCUCACAGAUUAUGUGCUUUAAGAGCAAACAAAGAUUGCAAAUGGAAUACAUUAUCCAUUACUGAUGACCUCCUCAUGCCUGCAGACGAAAAAACCAUGCCUCAUCAAUGGGUAGAAGGAAACAUAUCUGCCAGUUCUCAGUGCGCAGUAUGUCAUGAGAACUGUGGCAGUUACCAGAGACUUCAAGAUUUCCGGUGUCUCUGGUGUAAUUCUACGGUGCACGACGACUGCAGGAGACGGUUUUCCAAGGAAUGCUGGUUUGGAAGUCAUCGAUCAUCAGUCAUUCCUCCCACUGCCCUGAGCGACCCCAAAGGUGAUGGCCAAUUAGUAGUAUCUCCAGACUUUUGGAAUCUUGAUUGGUCUUCAGCCUGUUCAUGCCCCCUUCUCAUCUUCAUCAACUCCAAAAGCGGCGAUCAUCAAGGGAUCGUCUUCCUCCGGAAAUUCAAGCAGUACCUUAACCCAUCUCAAGUGUUUGACCUGUCGAAGGGUGGACCUGAAGCCGGGCUCUGCAUGUUCAAGAACUUUGCUCGCUUUCGUGUGGUGGUUUGUGGUGGAGAUGGCAGCGUGAACUGGGUCUUAUCUCUGAUUGAUGCCUUUGGAUUACAUGAACAGUGUCAGCUGGCAGUCAUCCCUCUUGGAACUGGUAAUGAUCUGGCCCGUGUCCUCGGCUGGGGUGCAUUCUGGAACAAAAACAAGUCACCUCUGAACAUCCUCAACAGAGUAGAGCAAGCUGGUGUGAGGAUUCUAGACAGAUGGAGUGUGAUGAUCCGUGAGACUCCCAGACAAACUCCAUUGCUAAGAGGGCAAGUUGAAAUGGACGUACCCCGAUUUGAGGCUGCUGCCAUCCAACACCUAGAAUCUGCAACCACUGAGUUAAACAAAAUCCUGAAGGCCAAGUACCCGACAGAGAUGAUUAUCGCAACCAGAUUCCUGUGCUCAGCAGUGGAAGAUUUUGUGGUUGAUAUUGUAAAGGCCUGGAGCCGGAUAAAACAGAACAAUACAGCAAUAGAGUCUGUCAUUUUGAAAAGCGACUUAAUGUACGACAAGCUCAGUGUCCUGAUUGAUAUCCUUGCUGAGGAUGUAGCAGUUGAGAAGAGUGCCAAAGCACAUAAGGAAAGUGCCAAGGCAGAUGGAGAGCCCUCCAUCCCUCAAAUAGACCACAUAGCCAAGUGCAAGUUGGAGCUGGCUACAAAGGCCCAGAAUCUCCAAAAGUCGUUGAAACUCAUCAUAUUCCAAGUUGAACAAGUUCUUGAUGAGGAAAGCCGACAGACAAUAUCAGUUAAGAACUUCAGUUCAACUUUCUUCCUAGAAGAUGACUCAGAAGAUAUUAACCAGAUGAGCCCAAGACACCGUUCUCGUCUUGGUACUCUGUCUUCUAUAUCUUCUCUCAAAAGUGAAGACCUAGAAAACCUCAAUUUGGAGCACUUACAUUUUACACCUGAAACUAUACGCUUCAAAGAAAAGUGUGUCAUGAACAACUAUUUUGGAAUUGGACUAGAUGCUAAAAUUUCUCUGGAAUUCAACACCAGAAGAGAUGAACACCCAGGACAAUACAAUAGCCGCUUUAAGAACAAGAUGUGGUAUGGCCUUCUGGGAAGCAAGGAACUCUUUCAGCGCUCUUACAGGAAACUGGAAGAACGAGUGCACCUGGAGUGUGAUGGAGAAGCCAUCUCCUUGCCAAAUCUGCAAGGCAUUGUAGUGCUCAACAUUACCAGCUAUGCCGGAGGUGUCAACUUUUGGGGAAGCAGCACGGCAACCACAGAAUAUGAGGCUCCUGCGAUAGAUGAUGGGAAGCUAGAGGUAGUGGCAAUCUUUGGUUCUGUACAGAUGGCAAUGUCUCGUAUCAUCAACCUGCAUCAUCAUCGCAUCGCCCAGUGCCGUGAGGUGAUGAUAACUAUCAAUGGUGAAGAAGGUAUCCCAGUGCAGGUGGAUGGGGAGGCCUGGGUUCAGAGGCCAGGCCUUAUCAAGAUUAGAUACAAGAACACUGCUCAGAUGUUGACCAGAGAUCGGGACUUUGAGAACUCAAUGAAAAUGUGGGAGUGCAAGCAUUCUGAAAUCCAAGCUGCCUCUCAGCCCCAGCUGGAUACCCAGGAAUCUCAAGAUAGCCUCUCUGAUGAGGAGUAUGCCCAGAUGCAGCACUUAACUCGGCUUGCAGAAAACCUCAUCAGCACACUUACUGACCUGAGCAAGGUCCACCAGCAUGUGUCUGUCCUCAUGGAUUCUGUGAAUGCCAGUGCUAACAUCCUAAAUGAUGUAUUUUACAAACAAGAGAGUAGCAAUGAGACAGCUGCAGCUUCCUGCAUUCCCAUUGAGACUUUAACCAGAAAUGAGGCAGUAGAUGUUGCAUUUAGUCUUAAAGGGCUCUACGAUGACACCAAAGCUUUCCUGGAUGAAAACUUGCUGAGAAAUGCUGAAUAUGAGGCCACACUGAAAAUUUCCCUGGAUGCCAUGAAUAAGGAGUUUGAAAAGCUAUCCAAGAUUGACUGGAUGAAUUCAAUCCUUUUUCUGGAGGAAAAGUCCUCAGACAGUGACAGCAAAAGCUUCAGAUUGAAAGUUAAGUUCCCCAAAUUGGGGAAAAAGAAGUCAGAAGAGGAAUACAAGCCUAAAUCAGGCCAAGGCAUCCAGGGUUUUAUUGGAAAUUUGUGGCAUCACAGACAUCAAGAAGAUGAAGCAAAAUAUGAUGAUCCUCCAACACCAUCAGGAUCUCAACUAUAAUCCUGGAAAGCUGGAAGAACUGACAACAUUUAGGAUUCUACUGAAAACUCUUGAAACCUCAAUACAGGCUAUACUAAAUUAUUUCAGAACAAACAUGAGCACC